UCUCUCUCUCUCUCUCUCUAAGGAAAUGGCUGGUGUUUGUAGUAGGAAGCAGUUCCAUGGCUACUCGAAGAUGGAAAAGGAGGAUUCUGAAGAGAUGAUACAUAGGAGGGCACAGUUCUUGAUCUACAAGGUCUUGCAGCAAGCUGAUUCUUCUUAUUCUUCUUCUUGUUCUCGCAGAAUCAGAAUCUGCAAGCUCAAGGUGAAGAUCGGAAACAGAUUGAGGAGGCUGAGGAAGAGAAUCCUAUCUGGAUUCCAUGGACUCAAAUCAUGGAAGAAGCGCUUCUUUGCAAUUGGAAGUAGUAGUACUAUUAGAGCACUUCCUCCUUUCAUCAAAUGAUUCUCUCUUCUUGUAUCUAUAAUCAACAACUACUUCAUCUUUCUCU